AAUCGGAACGCACUUUCUCAAUGUUUUAUUUUAGUAAAGUUUUAGGUUAUCCGUUAGCCAUAUAAGUUCUAACAUCGUAACUAAAGUAAAUGUAGGUUAUUACAGUAAGUUUUAAAUGUGUAAUUAAAGUAGUGAAUGUGAAAAAAAACUUCCGUUUACAUUUGGUAUAUGAACAAUGGUAUCAGAAGAAACUAAUCCAAUAGUGGAGGGGGAUGCUUCCAGUAAGAAAGCCGCCAAAAAGGCAGCGAAAGCAGCAGAGAAACAACAGAAAAAGGCUGAACAUAAAGGAACAAAUCAGAUGCAGAAUGAAUCAACAGAACUAGACUACUCGGAAGGUCUCUAUGGAUCUCUUGGUAUUAUCAGAUCUACCGGGGAGAAUCGAGACAGGAUCUACACUGACGUCAAUGAUUUGGGGGUGUCAAAGGCCGGCCAGAAUGUGUGGGUUCGAGCCCGCCUGCAGACGUCAAGAGCGAAAGGCAAGCAAUGUUUCGCGGUGUUGCGUCAGAGUUCGAGCACGGUUCAGCUAUUGGUGAGCGUGAGUGAUGAGAGAAAAAUCAGUAAACAGAUGGUCAAGUUUACUGGCAAUUUAACCAAAGAAUCUAUUGUGGACGUCUACGCCAGCGUUGCGAAGACUUCGAAGCCGGUCGAGUCAUGUACGGUGCAAGAUGUGGAGCUGGUGGGUGCUCAAGUUUGGGUGGUUUCCAGCGCCAAGGCUCAGCUUCCACUGCAGAUCGAAGACGCAGCCAGGCCUGAGAAAAAUGAUGACCCAGAGGCAUUGAGAAUCCGCGUGAACCAGGACACUAGACUGGACAACAGGGUGCUGGACCUUCGGACUCCGGCCAACCAGGCCAUAUUCAGACUUGAGGCAGGAGUCUGUCGCCUGUUCAGAGACAUUCUGACGGAGAGAGGCUUCGUGGAGAUCCACACGCCAAAGAUAAUAUCAGCGGCGUCGGAAGGCGGGGCCAACGUGUUCACUGUGUCGUACUUCAAGUCGUCUGCGUAUCUCGCUCAGAGCCCGCAGCUUUACAAGCAAAUGGCGAUAGCAGCCGAUUUCGACAAGGUAUUUACAGUGGGUGCCGUAUUUCGUGCAGAAGAUUCGAACACGCACCGACAUCUCACCGAGUUUGUGGGCCUGGAUCUGGAGAUGUCGUUCAAGCAGCACUACCACGAGGUGCUGGACACCAUAGGCCAGACCUUCACAGACAUCUUCAGAGGACUGCAGGAUCAUUAUGCUCGAGAGAUUGCAGUAGUGGGUGAACAGUACCGAGUAGAACCGUUCAAAUUCCUCGACCCUCCUCUGAGAUUGGAGUUUCCUCAGGCUAUUCAAAUGCUGAAGGAAGCCGGCGUUGUUGUGGGCGAGGAAGACGAUCUCUCGACUCCUGAUGAGAAACUCCUCGGCAGACUGGUGAAGGCCAAGUACGACACUGAUUUCUACAUCCUGGACAAGUAUCCGCUCGCCGUGAGGCCAUUCUACACGAUGCCGGAUCCAAACAACCCGAAAUGGUCCAACUCGUAUGACAUGUUCAUGCGCGGCGAGGAGAUAUUGAGCGGCGCCCAGCGAAUACACGACCCGGAUAUGCUGACGGAGAGGGCGCUGCAUCAUGGCAUCGAUAUAAGCAAGAUAGCAGCGUACAUAGAGUCGUUCAGGCUCGGAUGUCCUCCCCACGCUGGUGGAGGCAUCGGUAUGGAGCGAGUAGUGAUGCUGUAUCUCGGUCUGGACAACAUCAGGAAGACAUCCAUGUUCCCGCGGGACCCUAAACGUGUUACGCCGUAGAUGGAAUAAAUCGGAAAACUAUUAAAAUAUUUUAAAUCA